UGUAAAUCAAAGGAAAGAUCCUUCCAUCACUUGGGUCCGUUAGCUCGAUAAAUUACACUUUCAUUCACUAACGUUAAAUAUCCCGUCUAUGACUGUAAUGCACAUACAAAUCCAUCGAGAUUAACGUCUGUUAGCUAGCAAUUACUAACUAGUUAGCUAACUAUUCCCAUACAUUUUUUUGUAGACUUGACGCUACGACAGAAUGUACGUUCGUUACGUAAUGGGUUGGUAGGCUGGGCACAAAACCAAACCGUUUAAUAUCCUAUCGCUGGGGGGAGGCAGGGCUAAGAGAAAUAACUCGACCUUUCUGGCAAUUUUCUCACACAUGCUGUAUCAGUGGAGAUUGCAACAGAGCUCUUUCUACAACAAAUAAUCCCAGGAGUAUGUACAGAGUUUAUCUAAAGACUCGGUGGGUUUCUCAGUGUGUGUGAGCCGUUGCCCCAUCCUUGAUUGUGUUUGUUUGUGCUGGAUGCCACGUAGAAGAAAUCAAUGAAGAUCAGAGAUCAGCCUGCUUUCCGAUCCGUGAUGAGAGAGUUAGCACGGAGCCGAGCCUGAGAAAGGGGACACGAGGGGGUGUGCACGAGCAAGCAGGAGCGGUAACCAGAGUGACAAACCACAGAGCAGGACUCAAUUAUGUCGUACUACAACAGAGAACUGGUCAUGUACUAUAUCAGGUACAAACUCUCCCAGAGGAACUAUCCCUGUAGCCACAUCGGGCUCACAGAAGAUAUGGGCCAGACUGAGGGGGGUCCGGAGGGAGAGGAUGGUGCGGAGGCCGCGGCAACGCCGACGGCAGUGGCCAAUGGCUCUACGGCAAGCCCCACCCGGUUGCCGGCCUCGCCUGGGCCAAGGGCGGUGAACGGAGGCGGGGGACUGGAAGCUGUGAAGGAGGCCCUGCGGGACUCGGCCAACGAGUUUGAGCUGCGCUACUCGCGCGCAUUCAGCGACCUGUCCUCACAGCUGCACAUCACGCCAGCCACGGCGUACCAGAGUUUCGAGAGCGUCAUGGACGAGGUGUUCCGCAGUGGCGUCAAUUGGGGCCGAAUCGUGGGCCUGUUUGCCUUCGGUGGGGCCCUUUGCGUGGAGUGUGUGGAGAAGGAGAUGAGUCCACUGGUGGGGCGCAUUGCCGAGUGGAUGACCGUCUACUUAGACAACCACAUCCAGCCGUGGAUCCAGGAGCAAGGAGGAUGGGAGCACUUUGCGGAGAUCUUCGGGAAGGACGCAGCAGCAGAGAACAGAAGGUCGCAGGAAAGCUUCAAGAAAUGGCUGUUGGCUGGAAUGACCCUGUUCACAGGGGUCGUGGUAGGCUCCCUCUUUGCUCAGAAGCGCCUGUAAGGAAAGAGGUCAACUGAAGACACAGCCUCCCCCUUCUGACAGCGUCCACCUCACAAACAGAAAAAUGAAGGAACUUAAACCCCCUUAAACUCUUGAUUUUGUUUGUUUUUGGUUUGUUUUUUUGUCUUCUUUGCCAAGAAUUGUCAUGUUUACACCCCUUCCUACACUGCACUGUGGACAGUGCAAGUGGCUGAGGCACAAGUGUAACAUUUUUUUUGCCUUCUGUCACAGACUGGUGUGAAGGGAUUCUGUCACUAUUCGACCAUUAAGGGAGGUCAGUAUUACUACAUAUCUGAUCCUCAACUCUUUUCAGUCUGCAGCAAAAAAAUAGAUUUGUUGAAGAUAAAGGUUGACCAGUCACUCUUUUUGGUUCACUCUGUUUCCACAACACCCCCAUCCCACUCCCAGUGAAAUAAUUUACUUUUGCUUUUCUUUGUGUUCAGUUUUUUUAAGUAUUCAAAUUAAGCUCUAAUUUUUAAUGAGGAUAGAAAGUAGCAUUGAUACUGAUUUAUUUUAAAAACUAGUCUAAAUGAAACUUAACUCAUGAGUAAAGCGCCUGCUCACAAGGUUUUAGAAAUGGGUUAGAGGGACAGUUUUCAUUUAAAUGUUACAUUAUUUGAAUGUUGCUUUAUUAAAACUAAUUUCUUUGGAAGGGUAACAUCACUUACCUUUAUAACUUUCUCCGCACCAUUGGGAGUAUUGGACAGAGUUAGUGCAUAUACGUUUCACUGUUUGUUGCCACCUUACACCGCAUCAUGCACACAACAUGUAAUAACUCAUUUAAGACAGAAAUUAGAUUAAACCACAUUGCCACAAGAGUCCCUGGUGUCUUGUGUGGUCUUAGAGAUGACUUAUGUAGUAUUUGUCUUCAAAAGCUCAGAAUGCUAUCAGAGCAGGAUCUAGAUGUUAAAUAUAACGUAGGUAGUAAAACUAUACUUGCUUUAGUCGUAAUUAACUUACAUGCCAUUAAAUAUGGUUAAUGUCAAAAUUCAACGUGGGUGGGACGGUGGAUGGGUGUGGUAUUUUAAACCUGCAUCCUCAUCAGAGGUGUAAUACUACAGCACCAAGUCGGAUCCAGCGAGUCGCCUAGCUAAACCGCUUCAAUUUUGUCCUGUUUCUGAUCAUCUAAAAACAUUCGAUCGAUCUGGGUCUUGUUUAAAACUUGUCUGGUCUACCCCGUACUGUGUGCAGCUUGCUAUAAACGUCGGUUACGAGUCAAUGUUGAGGCUACGAAUGUCCCGAGUUCUUGAGAUUUGUAUUCUUAGGAUGCAUGUUUUAUUCCUUUAUACAUUUUAUAAUUUAAUCAAUUAUAGGCCAUACAGAAGGAAACAUUUUUGGGCCUACUGUGUAACCUCAUACCUAUCGUUCAGCGGUGUGCAACCCAACAAGAUGUGUGUCCGUGUCACUUUGCCGUCUCGCCUUCCGGGGUGCGUUCAAUUGUAUUCGCUUUCUGCGCGUCACUCAGCGGGCCCGCACGCUGUUCAGCACGGUAACACGUGUCAAAGCGCGAAAGCCCAGAGACGAGGCAGGUUUCAAAACACGUCUAAUUAAAAAAAGACACGGUCACACACGCCUUUUCUCCUGCUAUGGCUGAUGAUUGGCGAAUGGUUUGAUUUCACUGCAAGAAAGAGGUCGAUAAUAGUACAGGUAACGACAGUACCGGCGUCCCUUUCCUUACUCCAUGUGCUGGGAGAAUUCGAGAAUCCCAUGUUCCAUAAUAAUUUAAUAGCUAUAACUAAACGGGAGCAGGAUGUAUUCCGUUGAGUCAUUAACUGAAUUAUCUUUUCAUGGUAAAGUGUUUUGUCAAUCGUCACUGAUGAGGCUUAUUUUUCUUCAAAUUCUAUGUCGCAAUUUACAUUUUCAGAGGACGUGUAAGGAAAUUGCAAUCUUAAACUGCCCCUAAUUGUAUAUUCUCGCUGCUCUGUAGACACUGAUUUUAGAGAAUACAUUCCAUGUCAAACUGCUGCUUGCAUGCCGUGUUUACCGUGCGAGAGGUGCUGCGUGAGUGUGAGAAUAGCUUUGACUGUAAGCUUCAGAGUGAGAUGUCCAGCCUUGGCACGACACUAUGUAAACUAGUUAACUUAAUGACAUUUAGGGUAGCAUAAUAGCAUAGUGAAAAAUAUUUAAAGCCUUCUGAUUUGAAAAUAUUAUUUAUGAUAUUUGGUGUAAACGCAUAGUGUUCUUUCCUAUGGCCUUAAAACUCCAUUAUUCCUGAGGUGUUUUGUUACUCAUUGUGUUUGUAUUUAGUCAGGUUCACCGAAAACUAGGGAGACAAAAGCAGAAACUAUUUUUUUAAGGCUUUUUGGUUUAUUUAACAAACACCAUAUCUAAAUGGAUUGUUUUAUGUCUUAGGACUUUUUUUAAUGUCUGAUCAUUAAAGUGAAUAAAAAUCGAUUUCAACCCACUGGAUUCAUCUGGACUUGUGUUCAUUAAAUUUAUGGGUAUGCAUGAGUUCAACUGAAAUACCAACAAAGUCAUUUUUUAGGAUUUAACCACUGGGGGUUUUGUUUGUCUUGCAGUUGGUGAUGGGCAGUUUGGAAAAAUUCCCCUUGAUGUGUUAAAGCUAAUUUAGUGUCUUCGAUUGAACCUGGGG